AUGAAUGAUAAGAGAAAACACUGGAAAGAGAAUAUGUUUGCUCCUUCUUUUAGUGCUCAUGAUGUUCUAAAUGAGGUUUUACAGCCUGAAUCUCCUCCUGAACAAAUGACUUUUGGGAAGGCCAAGAGAAUGGAAGAAAUUUACAACAUGUCUAGUAGAAAGUUUCAAGAAGAGAAUAAAUUUCAGAGGAAAGAAUUUAUUUCCCAACCAAAUGAAAAAGAACAAGAACCAAAUCUGAGAGGGAGAAAGAUGAACAUUUCAAAGAAUGAAGCAGACACGAACUCUGUCUCCUGUGAAUCCUCUAAUUUGGAUGUUACAACUGAAGAAAGCUUUAAUAGCACAGAAGACUACUGCAUCUGGAAUAAAAAAGAAUAUCUGUCUCGAUGGCGACAGGGCAACAAGCAGAAAUAUACUGAAGGAAAGUCUCAAAAUGUUAGCCUGAAUGUUUUGAAUGAAGAACUGGAAGAGCUCAAUAUGAAAUGCAGAAAAAUAGAAGAGGAAUUUGAAAAUGCUGAAAAAGAACUUUUGAACGCCAAAAAGGAAGUCUCCCCAAAAGCCCUAAAUUUUCAAGAAACAGGGGCAGAAACUUUGAAGAAAGACUGGGAACUUCAAGCUUUAAGAAAUGACCUAUCUGAAAAAGCAACAAAUGUCAAAAACUUAACUGAAGAGCUCCAGCAAGCCAGAGAAGUCAUCCACAAGUUGAGCCUAGAGAACAGAGACUUAAAAGAAGCUGUGAGGAAGUUAAAACAUCAGACUGAAGUUGGAAAUGCACUCCUAAAAGAAGAAAUAAAAUUGCAUUAUGAAUUAGAAGUGGAAAAUAUCCAUGGAGAGCUUGAUGCCAUCAAGAAUGAACUAAGAAUUGAGAAGACCUUGCAAGCAAGAAAUAACAGAGCCCUGGAGUUGCUUACAAAACACCUUUCUACUGUAACAGGGGAAUGUUGUUAA